UAGCAACAAAAACAGACAGCUUUUACAAAAUAACUACUCAAACCCUCCUCUCCCCAGAUGCCCUGUAUGCUGUUCCUUAUUACAAAAACAAGAUGGAAGAGGUGAACCGACGUUCACUGAAUCUGAAUUUCACAGCAGAGUCCGCUCAACUUGAGAGAAUUUUGCUGGGGAGACACCGCCCCACUGUCAGGGAGGAGAAGGUGGAGAACUCUGCUGACUGUAACAUGAGCAACGUUAACUGGGUUGUUAGCAAAGACUUUACGAUCGAAGUGGGGAAAAGGCAGAUUGGGGAGUAUAUUAAAACCUGGGAGAUGCCGCCCUGCUGGCUUUACAGUCUGGACUUCCUUUACUCAACCGAGGAGGAGCAUCAUACAUUCUACCACUACCGGGCCCGUUUUAGUACCUCGACCCCGCGGAAGCCGAUUCAGGGGACAGCUGGCGUCUACUUCGUCGUGGACAUUUCUAAAGUCAAACCCCCAACUCUGCCCGUGGAGGUGCACUUCAUAGUAGAGUCAAACAGGCUGGUUCACACACCCGGCAUGACCAGGUUCAAGGAGAAGUGGCUGGCGGACGUUAUUGAGAGCAAGACUUUGCUCCGUAGAGCGUUUGACCUCUCAACCAACUGACAACAGACACUGCCGAACCACCCAGAAGGAGUCAUGUUCUGGAUCCUUCCUAAAACACUAACUCAAGUUACAUGCAACUUGCUAUGUGUUACAUUAAAUCCUACAGGAUGGCUUUGAAUUUUA